CGCUAUGGCCAUAGGAUAACCGUCGCUAUUUCUAAUAAGGUUUAACCCAUGACUUAUCGGGAUUCCAUCCGAUGACUUGGCAUCUAAAAAUGGAUGCCGAUUGGUAUACUUUGAAACAAUACGUUCUGCACAUUGGAAUGAUUUCUUAUUUUCUUCAACAUUUGUUUUUUUCCCACAAAGGAAUAUCUCCAGCUUAAAACGACAACUUUCUGUAAUAGAAGAAGGGUAAUCUUUUUUAACGAGCUGACCCGAGUUGACUGUUUCUUUUUAAACGGCCCCCACAGCGUCUCACAGAGACGUAAACCGAUACGACUGUACGGCUUUUCCUUUUCCUUCCGAAGGGUAUACACCUUAAUAGCAUUAUAACGCGCUUAUUUCAGGAAAUGUUAAGCCAUUAUAAGCCGUUAGUUUUUCUUGGCAUUACUCUAAACCUACAAAAACGACAACACACUUUCGGGGAGACUUGUGCUUAUUGUCUUUGUCUAGCCAUGAAUAUCAAACCCUGUCAAGAUUUUUCUUGAUGUUUUGGUGAAACCUCUGGCUGUGUCAACAUCUCGGAUUUCGACUGCUUAAACUGGAUCAAAAGAAAAUAAAACGCCUCAUUUUUACGCAGGUCAAAACUACUGCCAAGUGAGGUGAUUUCGAAAAACUCGAGAAUACACACAACGCUUUUUCUUCAUUCUGGUAGUAUGACCUUUGAAGUUUGACAGGUUGUAAAACGCGCCCGAACUGAAUCUCUCUGUGAUUGUGCUCCGAAGAUGAGUUUAAUAUUAUCUCAAACGGGAAGAAAUCCAAUUUUAGUACUAGGGGAACUUGCAGUGCUGUUUCUCCUUCUUCAAGCAAGUCCAACAGAGACGUUUUCGUGGGUAAAGGAGCCUGCGAGCCCGACGUAUGGCUACUUGGGGGAGAACUCUACACUCGCGUGGAACUUCAAUUUGUCCUCCUCGGAAAGCAUUUCGUCGAUAACUAUUCUACGUUCGAGUAAAAAGUUGAUAAAGUUAAACUCUGGUGGUGAAAUAAUAAAAUUUGCACCAUAUACCGAGCGUGUAUCCCUGAAAGGCAGAAAGAAUUUGACAUUCUCGCUGUACAAUGUGACCGUGAAUGACGAAGCGGACCAAUACUGCUGUGAAGUGGAAUAUUUAAAAGAAAGUCAGGGUUUUUUACAGACCUCGUGUGCUGAGUUUCAAGUUGUCGAUCCCCCAGUUAUGACGUCAUCGCCGUCCAACACGACCGCCAACGUGUCUGACGUCAUCAGCUUACAGUGCACGGCCAGCGGUCGCCCUAAGCCCCUGAUCACGUGGUCACAUGCUCCCAAAGGUCACGUGUCUAUGACGCAGUGGCUUAAUAAGACUUUGAUUGACAGGCACGAUGGAGGGGAGUACACAUGCACAGCAAAUAAUUCUUUUGGGAAGCCUGUGUCUGCGAGUUUCUUUCUCACUGUGCAAUACAAGCCAUCUAUCGUCACUUCACCACGCAACCAUAGCAUAUUAGAGGGUACCAGGCUCUCUCUGUACUGCAAUGCCACAGGGUAUCCUGAGCCAGAAAUCCUAUGGCAAAACUCAGCAUACAGGACAAUCGGCAAAGGAAAUUUUCUUACAUUGAACAAAACGGACAGAGUUGUCAGCGGUACCUACACAUGCCUGGCUGUCAAUCUCUUGGGGAGCUACAAAGCAAAUGCUACUGUUAACAUCUUAUAUCCACCUGAAAUCAUCCACCCACCUUCGAGGCAAAGCGUGACAGUUAAUGUAACGGGUGCGUUACGCCUGAAUUGUUACGCCAUGGCUAACCCAAUUGCCACUGUCCUCAUUUAUCGUGGGCUCAACGUGUUAAAUUCGUCUCUUGGGGAAGCGCAGUACACGAAGAAUGACGUCACACUUGAUGAUGGCGGCGAGUACGCAUGCGUAGCGAAGAAUGGUCAUGGCAACACCACACGCACUAUGGUAGUGCUUGUACGGUAUCCUCCAUUGAAUAUGACGGUACCGGCGCGUGUUGACGUCAUAGAAAACUCCACUCUUAUUAUAUCAUGCACGGCCAGCGGCUUCCCUGAGCCUUCUAUCACGUGGACCGGAAGUAACGGAAGCAUCGUAAGCAGGACGUCACUCCUAAUAAAGAAAGGAAUACAGCGCGAGGGGUCUGGUGACUACACGUGUGAGGCGCAGAAUGUGGUCGGGUUCGCGUGGAGACUGGUGACGAUCAAUGUACAUUAUCCGCCAUCUAUCGAAUGGAUCACACCGCACCAAACCAUCAACGAAACAGAUAUAAUACUGCUUUACUGCAACGCCACAGGCAACCCGCGGCCAAACAUCACGUGGGUAAAAACAAUCAAUCAGGGCAAAGUUCUUCUUAGAAAUAUCGGUGGGUCGGUUUUUCAAGUGGGAAAGAACAACAGAUCGGACGCAGGAACUUACACGUGCUCCGCUACAAACUAUCUUGGACAGACGCAUGUCAACACGACCGUCGAUAUACAGUACAAACCCGAUGAUUCACGGUUAUCAAUCCACGACAUUGCCGUCAUUAACGAGACGCUAGUGCUCAAGUGCCUCGCGGAUGCAGUUCCACAGCCAUCCCGAUACAAAUUCAAGGUUAACGGCACCACUGUCACGGAGUCUAGUAACGCUACGCGAGUAAUCCAUAGAGUGACCAAGGCAGAUCAAGGAAGUCACGAGUGUGCGGCGUACAAUAUCAUGGGUUGGGGGAAAGCUGCGCAACUUUAUGUACGAGUUUAUGAACGUCCUCGAAUCACUGCCAUAUCACCCGACGUCUCAGUCACCAUAAACCGCACAGACAGCGUGACUCUAAAAUGUCACGCCAGUGGUGACCCAGCUCCCAAUAUCACGUGGUCACACGAAGGGGCGCCCCUAGAGCAUAAUGGGAGCAUGAUAACCCUCUAUAAUGUGACCAGGCGGGAGGCGGGCAGUUACGAGUGUAAGGCUGAUAAUGGUAUUCGGAAACCCGCGAAAGCCAGUGCAGUGCUCUCCGUCAACUUUGCUCCUGAGAUAGAGAGGCAGAAAAAAAAGCACUUUGAGACGUCCCUGGGGAAAGCCAUAAACUUAACAUGUGACGUGGAGGGCGGUCCAUUGCCAAGCGUAACCUGGUCACGCAAGCGGUCGCAGUUUAGUAUCAUCUUCUCGCCUGUGCGCAUGCGCAGUGUGCUGGAAGUUAUACCUAAGCAGUCUAGGGACUUUGGGGACUACAUCUGCAUGGCAAGGAAUAUCAUGGGAUGGAACAGCCACACCCUUACCCUGACAAGAGUCGACCCCCCUGGAGCGCCAAAAGAGCUGGAAGUGACGUCAUUCCACCACAGGGUAACCAUCCGAUGGCAGCCACCAGACACGGACGGUGGAGCAGAGAUACUCGGCUAUCACGUGAUGGUCAAACGAAAAGACGGGACCGGCGAUUGGCUGUUGUGCAGUGAUGUCAUCAAUAAAACAGAGGCAAGGUCCUGUAUUGUGGAAGGACUAGAUAGCGGCAAGGAAUUCUGGGUAAGGGUCUACGCGAGAAACCGCGCGGGAUUGGGAUCAGAGGCCGAGACUGUGGCGAGAACCAAGAUGUUAGAAGAAAACCCUAGCGAGCCCGCAGCAUCAGAGAGCAGCGGUUUGCUGACCACGGAGUCUAUUGUUGGGAUCGCUGUCGGAGGGGGACUGGUACUCAUCCUAAUCAUAGUGAUUGUAAUCGUGGCGCACAAGAAAAAAACGAGAGAAGCCUCAUUUGGAAUAGAAAUGACUCCCGCACCAAGAUCUUUGAACAUGUACGAUAACCCGACUGACGGCACCCGAGGGAUGGAUCGACUACCAGAAAAACAAGAGAUCGAAACUCCAUACGGAAUCAUCCGCAAACAAUGAUACCACGAGAUAACCACCAUGCAACCAUGUGAUCACGUGACCAUGCGACAAUCACGUGAUAAUCACGUGAUGCUACUGGACAGCGUUAAUGAUCCCGUCAAACUACAAAUAGGCAAAAAGCCGGAUUUUUCGGACAAGUUGGGAAAGAAGAUCUUGCUUAUGUUCCAAAAGCAAUGUUGCUGCCACAAUUUUUAUUUCCAGGAACUACAGAUCUGGUUUUCUCCUUUGAAAAUCAGCGUUGCCUUGGAAUAGCGCUUGUGUCGUCUUGCCAAAAGCUCAGCCGAAAACCCAUAUGAAGAAAUAACAAGUACAAAACAAACAUUCACAUCAUACCAGUAAAUGUAUAUUUUUCAGUAUUAUUGCCAAUUGCUUCUCAAAUAGUCUAUAAAGAUGAUACGAUGGCACUGCGUUAAAAAUGAACGAGCUAUAAAAUAUAAAAGAUUACACUUA